AUGGAACCCAAAGUAGGGAUUGGAAUUUUCGUUCGCAACGCUGCUGGCCAGUUCGUCUGGGGAAAGAGAAAGGGAAGCCAUGGCGCAGGAAAAUGGGCAGUGCCGGGUGGUCACCUCGAAUUUGGCGAGACCUUUGAGAAAUGCGCGGAACGCGAACUUCUCGAAGAGACGGGCAUGCACGUUAGAAACCUGCGUUUCCUGACUGCUGUGAACAAUGUCUUCGAGAAGGAACAAAAACACUAUGUCACUGUGUUUAUGGGAGGCACCGUGGAUGAUGGGGUUCAACCCCAGAACUUGGAACCGGAGAAAUGCGAGGCUUGGGAAUGGACAUCGUGGGAUAAGCUUCGUACCUACAGAGAUGCGCAGUUGAACUCGGGGCCUGACUUUGCCGGACGCCAGUUGUUCUUGCCUCUUGUGAAUCUAUUUGAACAACGGCCUGACUUCUAUAUCUAG